AUGGCGCACAUUAGGAAAAGGAAAAGCUCCGAAAUGAUUCAAAAAGACAUUGAAUUGGACAGGUUGUUGGUGUUGGCAUCGAAAGAGGGCGAUUUCGAAGAGGUCAAAAAUUUAAUCGAACUCGGUGCAUCACCUGAUGCAACCGAAUACAACAAAAAUUUGUUUUAUGCAUCACAAAAUUACACCACCCCUUUACAAAAUGCUGCUGCGAUGGGAUAUCCUCAGAUCGUCCAGUAUCUCAUUGAAAAGGGAGCUGACAUUAAUGCCAAAGAUCGCUUCGAUGUGACAGCAUUACAUAUGGCAGCAGAAAUGGGUCACACAGACUGUCUACAAAAGCUUCUGGAUGCUGAAGCAUUAUGCAAUGUUGGAACCAAAUAUUCUAAACAGGGAUCUUACACAGCUUUUCCUCAUGCAGGGGGCACAACCCCACUGCAUCUGGCAGCUGCUAACAAUCACAUUGAAUGUGUAACCAAGCUGAUUUGGGACGGGGCAGACUAUAAUGCUGUGGACGAGUUUGGCCGCACCAGUCUGUACAUAGCAGCUCAGAAGACAUUUGAAGAUUGUGUUCAUGCUCAUCUCAAUAAUGCCAUAUGGAAAGACAUUUUAUCUCUUCCUUCUAAACAGACAGGUGAUACUCCUCUCCAUGAGUGUGUGAAGAACGGCAUGCUGUCCUGUGUAGAGUCCCUGCUGAAGCGAGGAUCAGAUGUGAACCACAAGAACAUGGCUGGUUUUAGUCCUCUUCACUUAGUUGUUCAAGCUAAUAAGACAUUCUCUAUGGACAUGCUGAAACAGUUGGUCAUGAAUGGGUACAAUACUGAUGUCAACAUCCCAGAGUCUCUUGGCUACAGUCCACUCCAUUAUGUUUGUUUCCAUGAAACCUCCAUGCAGGAGAGACGACCAGAAGCUGCUGCAUUACUGAUUGCCUAUGGAGCCUCAUAUAAAAUAUUAAAUCGGCAAGGCGAUAACGUACUUCAGUACGAACUCCGUAACAAAAACACAGACAGAACAAUUCUACAUGCCAUUGUAAAAAGUGAAGCUUACCUUCCAACGUUAGAGUCUCUUGGUGCAGUGUCAGCACACAUAUUGACCCCUGGUGCUCGUGAUCCUGGUCAUCAGGGAAUAAUGAAUUUGAAUCGGUCAGAUGAACAGUGUGCCAAGUUGUCAUGGUACCGUGACCUUUGUAAGGAUCCUCGCCCCCUCCAACACUACUGCAGAUGUGUGAUUCGUAACACCAUUGGAGUGAGGAGGCUGAGUAAAAUAGAUACUCUGCCCCUACCUACAACCCUUAAGGAAUAUCUGCAUUUGACUUUGGAAGAGUUCAGAUCGUGAGGUGUUGUAUUUAUUUUCAUUGUUGAUUUUUUCACAUGAAUAUUAUGAACAUUUGUUGACAUACUGAAUCUCUGUAUUAGGACAUCAGUUGCUUAUUAUCAUCAUUUGCUGUAAUAAGAUAUGUUUGACCAGUCAUCACUGUGAGAUCUAUAUGAUAUGACCAUGUGUAUCUAUGCAGCAAUAACCCAAGGAGCCAGUACAUUAUUUCCUACUCGAGAGUUAGGGUAGAGGGUUAUUACAGGCGUAUGAAGUAGGAUUUGUUUAUGAUUUUGCAGCAGUUCGGUUUGACUUUUUACCAGGCUUAUUGCUGGAUAAAUACAGUAUUGAAGUAGUUUUGAACAUAGAUUGAGACGUCAAGUAUCUUCGGACAUAUUUUUUAAAUUUGUUAUUCAUAUCAUGCAUUUCAUAGUUCAGAAAUUUCGUCACGCACAUGACACUGAAUUUUUGCUAUUUCCAGAUAUUAAAGCAGUUAAAUUACAGAUUGUCAUUCAUAUCUCAUCGAAAUGUGUUUUCUCUACUAUUUGCAUAAUCAGUGCUAGAAUAUCAAUGUUUACUGGGACCAUACCAUUCACACAUCAAUCCAUGAAAGGUUUUUGUCAGCAUGAAUUCUGCUUUAAUAUGUAUCAACCUCUAGUCACUAAAUAUAUAUAUAAUAGUGGGAGCAAAUAGAGGCAGACAGGUGAUGAAAAUUGAAUCUACUUUUUUUUCCCUCUGUCCAACUUCUUAGAUGUAUGUUUCUUCUUAAACAUGUAUAUAGUUCAAGUUCAAUAGAAAAAAUAUCAAGAAAGUAUUUUCCACCUGGAGAUGUAAUCAAUUAAAUAUCUUCUUAAAUGGGAAAGCGAUCAGUAUUUUAUCUAACGGUACAUUAAUUGUUUAAGUAUAUACAUCAACACAUGUGUAUAUACCAAACUGCAAACAGCAAUAUUUUUGUGGGUAGAUAUUUUUGCUAUUCCAAGUAUUUAAAAUGAUAUUUUCUGUAUGGAAUGCCUCUGGGGCAUUAGCAAUGUAAUUGAUAUAUUUUCGCUGAGACUUGAUGUUUUUGACUGGUGAAAUGAAGCACUUUCUUUGAAUAAGGCAGGUAAGUGGUAUAUAUACAAAGUAUUUUUUUUAGAAGACAGAAGUAGCAGUUAGUAUUUUCUAGACAUUCCCCUCAAGUGCUAAUUAAUUCAAGUAUAUGCAAUAUGUGAAUAAGGUGAAAGAGUUGAGAGGAAUACCUCAAGUCUUUAAGGUUUUAUUAUGACCAAUGAAUCCUAACAAUAAACAUCUGUAAUAAGUUGGAAACUGUAAUAUAGGGUUUAUUCUUUGCAAUUAUCAGGAUUUCACAUGAAUUAUGAGAUUCUAAUUUAUUUACAGAGAUACGAAAGUGCUGGUGUAUUAAAGAUCCUGUCUAACAUGUUGACAGUUCCAUGUGUUAAACUAUUCAACCUUUUAGAUGAAUGUGAAAGUAGAAAUAAUAUUAUUUGUGAAUUGUUUAAAAGUAGUAUCAACCUUUUUAAUUGAUAUCACUAAUAAUUUAUAAGUUAUUUCUACAUCCAUGUUUCUAAUAUUAUCUUUAUUUGAAGUUAUAUUAAAAUUUCUCAUAAAUGUCGGUUUGAUUUUAUGUACUGUACCUUUUUGCGACUUUAAUACAACUGAGAGGUUUCGUUUGCAUGGAAAAUUCAAUAAAUCCAAUAUCCGUUUUCAGAUAAGGCUAACACAUCCUAGUCCGAGUUGUUCUGAGGUGCUUUCAACUUCUUUUUUCGAAAAAAGUUGAUGGAAUACCAGAGAAACAAAUACUAGACAAAUGCACAAGGCAUACAUAUUAAUAUUUUUGUAUGGAAUUCAUUUUUAGCAGUCCAAACUUAUCAAAGCUCAUUUUUGCAUCAACACAAAUAUUUCUAUAUCUACUUUAUCUGAUUUAUUAUGACUGUAUGGCAUUGGACAAUGGUAGUCUCAACCUAUAAAGCAUGAAUAUGGAACAUUCUGCAGAAUAUCUGUUUCAGCCAUAACUACUGAAUGGCUUGUGUGUGAUAAUAAUUGAGUCAUCACAUUCAAGACCUUUACAGGGGCCCAAGGGGUCAGAGGUCGCAUAACUUUAUUGGUACUAUAUCUGCUGAAAUUAGUCUAGAUGCUUGUUUAUCGAUUAUUGUAUGUCUCCUCCCCCUCCCCCAAACCCUCCAGUAUUUCAAUAAAAAAUUUAAGAUGUUCAUUAUGCACUAGUAAUUGACUGCAUUGAUGUUUUAGGGCAAAUACAAGAAAGUCAUUUUGUCUUUUUAUAACAAACACUAUGGUGUUGCUUAUAAUGUUAGAAUUCACAUUAAUAAUCACUUCUGUAUUCAGUACAUUUUAUUGAAAGGAACCAAAUUUGGUAUAUAUGCAGACUGUAAUAAUAAUAAAAAGUUAGAUGAGGACCCUAGACUUUAAAAAUGGUUUGUGCUCGUUUGUCUUAUGGCCUCAUUAAAGUUUUUUUUAGAAAGUAAAAGCUAGGACAUAAAGACUGCAAGUUAUUGUUGUUUUUUCUGUUAAAUCUUUGAACACAAAAUUAAUUUUGUUUUGUUUUUUUUUAAUUUAAGUUGAUAUUAAUCACUUGAUGUAUGCUUUCCUUAAUGUCAGAGUGAGGCAUUAGCUCAGUCAGUUGAAUGUUGGCUUACAUUAUGUAUUGUUAAGGUCUGAGAUGCAUUAUGUUCACUGCCUGAGAUUGUUAACGUUUCUAAGGAAUUUGAGAAAUGGAUGAGUCUGUGCUGAUAUGCUUGUGUCCUUGGGCAAGACACUUUACCCUUGCUCCAGAUUGUUUGCCACAGGACUCCCAUAUGUUCUUCAGUGAUAUAGCUACCAGUUACUACAAGGAGACCUUGCCUUGAAGUAACCCCAGGCAGGGUGAUUAACCCGUAAACAUCUUUGCUCUGAUGAAGGCAAAUUGGCUUGUAGAAGAAGCAGUAUCAAUGCUUUAUGUAAUAUGUAUUACAUGUGUCUUGCUUUGUUCUAUAGCAUUUUCCAAGCUAUAAAUAUUUUAUUUGAAUGUUUUUGACCUGCAAGACAAGUAGACAAAAAAAAAAUGAUUACAAAUAUUAUGAUAAAUUUUAACCAGAAUGACCUAUGACAUUGAAGUUUACUUGAGAUGUUUAAUUUUGGACCUGUACACCUUCAGGUUAAUUCUGAGGUAAUUGUUAAGUGUAUAGAGUACAGCUUAAAAAGUGAUCAAUGUAUUUGUGCUCCUUACUGUAACAUAGACUCAUCUGUAAUCUACAUAACAAUGAGAGGUGAACACGACUGUUUGAACUGCCUUGACUAGUUACAAUUCAAUUAAAAAUAUUGUUGUAUGUACAUCUGUAAAUGCAUGAUGAUUUUUAAGGGGAGAUGACUCCACAUAGUAAGUGAUAUUUUGUCAAGGGGAGAAAUUCUCUACCAAGUAGGCGAUGGUAGUUUGUCAAGAGGAGACAACUGUUCCAAGUAUGUGACAAUAUUUUGUUUUCAUUCGUUCUCUACAACUUAUUUAAGUCUGACAGAAGUGCUUGUCAAAAUUAUAUAAUUAGAGUGUUUGAGUCUUUCAUGUGUUGAGUAUUCCAAAAUGGAGCCAUGUUGUAUAGGGUAGAAUUAUUACAUUAUCCAUUAUCUGUAUCUUACCUGUUAUUGAGAACUGAACCAAUUUAUUACAUGAACUGUUGGUUGUUAGUAUUUGUAUAUAAAGUACAUUUCAUGGUAUAUAUAUAUAUAUAUAUGGCAUGUACACCACUUCAACCACACAAAAGAAAUGUGUGAUCAAAUAUCGUCAUUUUUUUUCUAGAAAAGAAAUGUCUGUUCCUGUUAUAUCAUUAUGAGAUUAAAAAUAAAAAUAAAGAUGCA